AUGGCCACAGGCGGUAAACUGAUCAGAAUUGGUGAUGAAAAACCCAUAUUAGAUGUCGAUAUUCCCGUGUAUGGUUGGGAAUGGAGGAGUGUGUUUGAGAGAAUCGAGUUGAGUCCUUCGCCUGCGAAAGUCCCAAAAAUCGUUAGACCCGGUGAGGAUAUCGAACUCCGCUGCACUAGUGAGACUGAGCUUAGCCUUCCACUUGUUGAGGCCCAAAAAAUUCACGGUUUGGUCAAAAUGAAUUCCCGGCCCAUUGCAAUGCCUUAUUAA